AUGGAUAUGAAGGUCUUGGACCAGGAACAAAGCUCUCAAGAGCUGGAUUUGGAAGAGAUAACCAGGAAAAUUUCAUUUCUUGACAAGUGGAGGGAAAUCUUUAGUUAUCCCAGCUUGGGAGCCAAUAAUACAACUCCUCAGGGGCAGCAUUUGGCACAGAACCAUGAAGACAACCAUCUAUCUGCUGAUGAAACUGAAGAUGGAACAGGAAUACCUCAGCCCAAAGGACAAGGACAUAUGCCAUCAAAUAGCUUUUGUUCUAUUCCCAAACCUUCUAUCAUCUCUUCAAAAGUGGGCGGCUUUCCCAUCUCCCUAGCAAUGGCCACGAAGUUGCGACAGAACCUCUUUGGAAACACUACCCAUCUCUUCAGCUAUGAUUGGAAAAGGGCCUAUUUCAAGUUCCAUAAACCAUUUUCUGACUUGGCUUUUGCUUUGGAAAUGGGAAAGGGAGGUGCCCGAGGUAUUCAGAUGGCUGUACAAGUAUUCAUCAUCAAAUACUUGCUGUUUACAAGGAAGGGAAAAGAUGGCAACAUUCACAGCUUAAAUGAAAUAAGCAAGAAGGAGCAAGAGCAGGUCCUGGCCAAGGCACUUGCUGGCAUCCUGUGGGCUGCAGGAGCAGCUCAGAAGGCCACCAUCUGUCUUCUCACUAAGGACACUUGCGUUGACUCAACCCCUGACUACUCCAGGGAUGAUUUCACAGAGCGGCUCCAGCUGUUUGAAUUUUUAGAGAAAGACGCCACUGAGAAAUUCAUCUAUGAUCAUUUACAAUGUUUCAGUGAGGAAGGAUGCCACGGUGUCAUCCUGUUUCUUUACAGCCUACUCUUCUCCAGGACAUUUGAAAGGCUUCAGAAGGACCUAGACGUCAGCACCACUCAUCUGUUACAGCCAAAUGUUGGAGGCUUCCUCUGCAGGCAGGCAGUGCUGAACAUGAUUUUAACUGGAAGAGCAAGUCCAAAUGUUUUCAAUGGCUGUCAGAAUGGAAGUUCUCAAGAAGUCUUACAUGGAGUCCUGGCCCGCAGCGAGGUUGGCUACUUGCGCUGGGGUAAGGAUACCUCGGAAGGGGACAGGCUCUCCCAGGUGGGCAGCAUGCUGAAGACUCCCAAAUUGCCUAUUUGGUUGUGCAACAUCAAUGGAAAUUAUAGUGCCCUUUUUAGUACAAACAUGCAGCUCUUAUCAGACUGGAAAAUGGAACGGCUCUUUGAUCUGUACUUUUACAGCAGCCAGCCCUCACAGAAAAAGCCUGUGCAUCUGACAAUAGAUUAA